AUGGCGGGGCUUCCACCGGGACAAAUUCGGCCGAGCCGAGAAGGGGCCGGCACCACCGCCGCCGCCGCCGAGACCACCCCGCUCCUGGGCGAUCGCAGCGGCAGCAGUGGCAACGGCAGCGGCAAUGAAGAAGGGGACGGCGAGGUGACGGUCCUAGCGGACGAGGCCCGGGGGACGCGGCUCGCGCUGACGCUGGGCACGGCGUACGUGGGCGUGUUCCUGGGGGCCGUGGACGGCAGCAUCAUGGCGACGCUGUCGGGCCCCGUGGCAUCCGAGUUCAGGUCGCUCAGCCUGCUGUCGUGGCUGGCGACGGCGUACCUGGUGGCCAACGCGGCGUGCCAGCCGCUGAGCGGGCGCCUGACGGACGUGUUCGGCAGGGGCCCCGGGCUGGUGUUCAGCAACGCGCUGUUCGCGGCCGGGAACCUUAUCUGUGGCCUUGCGGGCGGGGAGAGGGUCAUGAUCCUUGGGAGGGUCGUUGCUGGGGUUGGGGGCGGGGGGUUGAUGAGUAUCUCGACGUUUUUGGCGUCGGAUUUGGUGCCGUUGAGGAAGAGGGGGGUUGUGCAGGGGAUUGGGAAUAUUGCUUAUGGUUCGGGCGCCAUGCUAGGAGGCGUCUUCGGCGGCCUCGUGAACGACACGUCCGCUUGGGGGUGGCGGCUGGCGUUCCUUGUCCAAGUUCCCGUCUCGUUGGUAUCGGCCAUCCUCGUCCUCCUUCUCGUCAGAGUUCCCCCCAAGUUGUCGAACAAGUCGCUGGUCUCGCGCAUCGACUUCACCGGCGCCCUGCUGAUCGUUUCCUUCCUCGUGCUCCUUCUCCUCGGCCUCAACGCGGGCGGCAACGUCGUCCCCUGGACGCACCCGCUCGUCCUCUCCACGCUGCCGCUGUCGCUCGCCAUCCUCGCCGGGCUCGUGUGGUGGGAAUCCCGGGCGCGCCAGCCCAUCAUCCCCGUGCGUCUGCUCGCGCACCGCACCGUCCUGGCCGCCUGCGUCGCCAACUUGACCUGCACCAUGGUCAUCAUGAUGACCGUCUUCUACAUCCCGCUGUACAUGCAGGUGCUGGGCCACUCGGCGACGCAGGCGGCGCUGCGGAUCCUAGGCUCCCCGCUCGGCGUUUCCGUCGCCUCGGUCGGAUCGGGCUACUUGAUGAAGCGGACGGGCAGGUACGUCGGCCUCGGCGUCGGCGUCGUCCUCCUCCUGGCGGCCGGGGUCGUGGCCCUGACGUUCCUGGGCGAGCGGUCGCACCCGUGGCUGCCGUUCGCGGGCAUGGCGCUCGUCGGCGCCGGGUACGGCGGCAUGCUCACCGUCACGCUGCUGGCGUGCAUCGCGGCCGUCGACCACUCACAGCAGGCCGUCAUCACAUCGGCGACGUACGCCUUCCGCUCCGUCGGCGCCACCGUCGGCAUCACCGCCGCGUCGGCGGUCUACCAGAAUGUCCUCCUGGUCGGGCUGCGCCGCCGCUUCGGCCACCUGCCCGGCGCGGCGGAGGAGAUCGCGAGGAUCAGGGAUGACCUCGCCGAGCUGGGUCGCCUGCCCGACGGGUGGAGGGAUGGCGUCGUCGCGUCGUUUAUGGAGGCGUUCCGUGGCGUCUGGCUGACCGCUCUUGCCAUGGCCAUCGUGGGGCUGGUUUCUAUCUCGCUGAUGAGGCAGCACAAGCUGCAUUCGAACCUGGCGCGGCAGGGGGAUUAGCUAACGUGCAUGCGGGAAGGGAAGAGGACGGGGCUGCUGCUGCUUCUGGAUUGCUUGUUAGUUGUCGCCUACCUAAUAAUCUGUACUGGUAUCAGGAGAGGAUAAAUGGUGUUUGGUAGAACGUCAUGGAGGGGAAGGGGAAGGGCGUAGGUGAUAUGUAUUGAUAGAUAAUAGAUUUAACGCGAGUUGACCUUGAAAUUGGUGUCGAACUCCUGAGAUAUGGUUGGGGAACAUAGUCGCCCUCGUUCACGGGUAAUGGGGAGGUUCAACAGGGUUUGAUGCUGGCAAGUGGUUCUGUAAAGGAGACUAUAGAAGAUCAAGCCCGCUCCGUU